AUGCACAGAUUAGUUGAUGCAAUGACUUGCAGAGGCGAAAAGGUUUUAAUUCACAUUGAAGGGCACUUCCUUUCCUCAUUCACCUUAAGCAAAACAUCUCUUCAAGAAAAAUCAAGACUAAGCUUCGACCAAAGAAUCGUAUUUUCCUUAAUUCUAAGAGGAGAUGAUAGAGAUUGCUUAUUUAUACUCGGCCAAAAUUCUGAAUGAGUUUUACUUACAGACUCUUUUGAUAAAGUACUUGAAGGGAAGCUUAACUCUAUUCCUAUCAUUGAGAGUAUUGAAGGCUGUGAAUGAUAUGAAAAUUCUAAGCCUGCUUAUAAAAAAAUAUGGCAUCCCUAAUGUUUGCAGUUAUCCUAUAUCCAUAUAGUAAAAAGGAAAACGGCCAUCAGGAAUGUUUUCACCCACUGAAAAUAGAUAUAAAUAUAAUCUACUGUUUUCGACUCACCCUAGCACUUUACAUCACUUUAUUUUCAAUCUUAAUAAAAACAUCCCAAGAGUUAAAACACAAGUCUAUAAAAUUUCAAAUGACGCUCACUGGACAACUCGUACAUCUCAAAUUAUAAAUAUAGCUCCUAUAAGAGGAGAACAAAACAGUGAUUUUGCUGUAUUGUGCCUGAAUUUUAAUAGAUCAUUAUUGGCAUCCAUUUUUAAUUUUUAAAAUAAAUUUGUACUUAUCAAUUUUUGAAAAGAAAACGACAAAUCUCCAUUUAUAGUUUUAAGGUGCCGAAUCUGACUUAUACUGUAUAAUGCAAGUAUCCUGGACCUAUAUUUUCAGGUUGGUAUAUUGCUUGGCCAUAUCGAUCUAUUAUGAUGCAUAAUCUAUAUUAUUUAGAUAGGAAAGAAGACAAUUUGCCUUUUUAAUUCGUUACUCUGACUGCUCAUUUGUUCAUUUUGCGUCACUUGAACCGACUAACGCUGAACUAAUUGUAAGUCCAUGAGUAAUAAAAUUUUUGCCUGCUGACUGUUAUAAAGUGAUUUCUGUGCACAGUUCUGUCAUCAUUUUUUCAGCAGCAAAAGCUUUUCAAUAUAAAUUAAUCAAUGAGCAAGUAUUUUUCAUGCAGGAGUCAUCACUAAUAUGUGAAAAUCCACUAUCAGCAGUUAUGACUUACAGUGACAACUGCAAUCGGAUCCUAGUUGCUUCAGGAACAAAACUAGGCUGGCUUCAUGUAAAAGAAAACCAAUUAAAAAUCUCUCUGGCUGCACAGUUGCCUAUAAAUGGAACAGUAGAAAAGCUUGUAAACCUAACCCCUCUAGCGCUUUCACAACAAGUAUACGCCCUAUGCUUUAUACCAUACUCAAAUUCUAUAGUAAUUGGGAUAAACCUAAAAAGCCUUACAAUCGGACAAAUUGUAAAUCUUAUCUAGUGCUCAUGGACAGCAAAUUUCAAUUGGCCAAUCAAAAGCAUCGGAUCUAUUGCCAACAAAGCUUACUCAAUUGUAGGCGAAUUUCCUUCUCUUUAUUUAAAAAUUUGGGAAUCUGGGCUAUGUCUUAAAAAAGAGUCAACUUUUUUAUCAAAUGCAUCAAAAAUAUUCCGCAUUGAUGAAAACAAUUUUAUUGCUACGUCUGAUAUAGGACUCUGGACUAUGUGUUUUUCAGUCAAAGAUUUUAAUAUUUCAGUGAAAAAAUUAAAAGGGAUUAUUGAAAAUGAUUAUACCUUGUAUACAGGAAAGCUAAAUAAUGAAAUUCUACAAGUAACCAUUAAGUAGAUAACUCGCCAAUCAUUGAAUCAUGUGAAUAGAAAAUCAACAAUAUUGAAUGAUAUUGCAAAAUUCUGUGUGGUAAUUGGAGGGAAUGCAGUCCUUGCAUUUUAUAAUUCUUUGCAUUUAUAUCAAAAUCUUGAAGUUGUCCAUAUUGUUCCUAUUAAUGAAGAAGUUUUAUCGAUGACUGAUUACAAAGGCUGCAUUUUUGUUUGUGUCAGAAAAAAAGCAAGCGUGCUAAAGUUUUCUGUUUUAAGAGAUUCUUUGGUAGAGGCUGAAGAGAUUCCAUUAGUUAUUAAAGGAAGAAAUGCUUUCCCUAUUUUUUAUCAAGAAAAUAGUGAUUUCAAAAUUUUUAUGACUGAAAAAUUAAUUGUUUUGCAAAAAAAUACUGAAAAAAUUGUUUAUGAAGUUGAUGCUUUUAGAUGCAGCGUUAUUAAAGAUACAGGAAGGAUGUAUGAAAUUUUUGUAGAAGGGCUAAAGAGCGGACAUAUAUUGCAAGUUUGGCAAAAAGAUAAAUCUGUAGCUGGGCUAACUCAUCAAAUAAAGCCUAUUCAUGGUUCAAUUAUACGUGAUAUUUUUUAUAUAUAUGAUAAUCUAUGUAUAUUUGCUGAAAUAGCAAAUCUGUCAAUAGGGCAGUUAGAGGAAAAAAUUAAUGAGCAGAAGCUUGAACUGUCGUUUCCUUUUAAAGUGGUGUGCGCUGAUAUCUACAAUUUUUAUUUAAUUGCAAAUAAUAAACUUGAAAUUAUUGGGAAAAAUCUUACCAAACAGUGAGAAGUAUCAUUUUCUGAAAGCCAAGAAAUCAUAUGCUGCCACAUCUAUAAUAAAAAAUUAAUAUUUUCAUCAACUAUUUGUGAAACAUUUUACAUGAAUGUGCUGGAUUUAAUGACUUUUGAGCUUGAAAAAUCUAUUUCAUUCCAAAACCAAAUAGAAGAAAUUAGUAGUUACCAAGACAUCCUUAUCUUAAAAUUCAAAAAAUGCAUAAAAUUUCUUACAAAAUUUCAUGCAAGCGCUGGGAUUGAUAUUUCCUUUGAAAAGCAUGAUUUUAAUGAAAUUAAGCUUAAGCUUGAUGAUGACGAGAGUAAUUUAUUGCUGGAGCUCGCAAUAAUUAAUCAGUUCCAAGACAUUAUAAAAUUUUUAUUUAUUAACACAGCAGAGUCAUGAGAAGAAGAAGCUGAGCAAAAAGAAAAACCUGAAUUUUUAUGCUUGACAGCUUCACAUGUCCAUUGAGGAAGGUAUGAAUUCUCUUCACUCCCCCAAUAAUAAUAAAAAAUUUUUUAUAGCACAAAAUUAUAAAUAGUAAAUUUUUAUAUGAAUAAAUAAUUGAGGCUAAAAUAUUGAAAUUUCGGUAUUUUAUAAGAAAGCGUCUCAUAAUAAGCAAAUUUGUAUUUACUCAAAUAAUAUUCCUAUAUUGAAAAUUUUACACUAAAACCCUUAUUAAAAAGCCUAUUUUGCCUUAUUCUAAGGGGAAGCCAGUUAAAAUUUUGGAUUCAAUUGUAUGAUUUAUUUAGAAAACUGAAAUAAAAAUUUCGAACUUACUUGUGACAUACAAAAAAGAAUUCGUUUUAUUUGGAGAACAACAAUUAUGGAAAGGAAGGCUGGAAAGAACAGAAUCUCCUGCUGCUCUUUUAAAUAAAGCUCAAAUUGAUUGAAGAACACAUAAAAUAAACAUCCAGCAAUUUUCAAAUAUUAUUGAUACUGAAGAAGUAGUACACAUCAAAUCUAUUAACAAACUUGCUGCUAUUUCUAUAAAUAGUAGGCUCGAAAUAAUCGAUAUUGAUGAUAAAUAA